GAUGAUACUUGAUUGAUUUCAGGUACAUUAAGUUGCUUACAGUUCCUUGAGAACUUGCUUGCUGUUGCUUGGUUGUGUCAACCAAUAGAGGGACACUUUUGAUCGAGAUCCUGGUUGAGAGACUUUCUGCUCAGAUAUGAGGACCGGUUUGAAGCCUGAUGUUGUCUAUAGCUUCUUCAACCCAGAGAUUGACGAGCUGAGAGAUAUGAUAGCAUUGAUUACACCCGACCAUGUGGGGAUGUUCAGAGAGGCAUACGGUAGUAUCCUGAAGAUGGUUUUCAGGCUCACUGACAGUGACAGAAGUGCCAUUCAUACUCUUCUCCAGUUCUAUGACCCGGGCCUGAGAUGCUUCGUGUUUCCAGACUAUUUGUUAGGGCCUCUGAUGGAGGACUAUGCUAGCAUCCUGGGUAUUCCGAUCCAAGAUCAGAUUCCUUUCUGUGCUAUUAGGGGAGAGCCUGAGGUCCUUGGGAUUUCCCGUGCUCUUUAUUUGAGUCCGGAAAUGGUCAAGGAGGGUUUGAAGGAGAAAGGAAAAUUACCGGGUUUUCACUUGAGUUUCUUGGAAGUUAAGGUCAAGGAAUAUGCUGCUAUGGGUCAUUGGAAGAUGGUCUGUGCAUUGAUUGCUGUAAGCAUUUAUGGGAUUAUUUUGUUUCCUAAUCAGAAGAGCUUUGUGGACCAUAAUGCUAUCAGAUUGUUUAUGCAGAGAAACCCUAUUCCUACUCUGAUCAUAGAUGUUUACUACUCGGUUCAUAACAGGAACGAGAAGAGACGUGGGGGUUUGAUUCGGUGUUGUGCUCAGUUGCUAUUCAGGUGGUUUAUGGGGUAUUUGCCUUCCCGUGGUGCUUUUGCUCAUCUUGAUCCUACUGUCAAGUGGUCCUUCAGGUUGAUGGGUUUGCGGGCUGAUGACAUAGCAUGGACUCAUAAUGGUUUGGCUGGAUGGAAUUUUAUAUAUAGCUGCGGGGAUUUUCCCAAUGUGCCUCUCAUAGGAGUUCAGGGUUGCAUUAAUUACAACCCGACGCUUCUUAGGAGACAGAUAGGAUUCGCUAUGGAAGUUCCUCCUCUCGAGCGAGAGAUUCAGGAGUCCUUUUACUUCUCAGCUGAGGGCGAUCAGGCCAAGUUAAGGCAAGUAUCUGGGUCAUGGCGUAACAUUCAGAGGAAAGGAAAGGUUCCUUUUGGCAAGGUCAACAACCGGUCUUUUCCUCUAUUUGAUGAUUGGCUUCGGAAAAGGAUAGAGCUCACACUUUUACCAUUUCCGGGAGGUGAUCCUUGGUGUCCUAUGAUUGAGGGUCCGACUUCUUCUGUCAGUAUGGAAGAGUUCCUCGAGAUGAAGAGGGCCAGAGAUCAGUUGCUUGCAGAGAAAGCGGAAUUGGAGAUGAGUGUUGCUUGGAUUCAGACGGCUAACCAGGAGAUCAGAAUGAAAAUGGAAGAUCAAGACAAGCGACACGCCUUGGAAGCAAAGCGCUUUGAGAUGGAUACGGCCUACUAUGGGAAGAUCAACCAAGCCUUAGCGUCAUCCAACAGGGAACACGACAUCACUAAGGAGAAGCUAUCCAGAGCGUCAAAGGUCAUUGAAGAUGAGAAGAGGAGGCAGAUCCUCGUGAGAGAUCAGAGGGACGACAGAGUCCGAGUUCUCAUUGCUGAGUGGGAGGCCAAGCUGAAGGUUAAGGAAGCAGAGAACGUGAAGGUCAUCGCCGAAAGAGAUCAUUACAUUGCUGAGAGGGAUCACUACUUCAGGCAGAUGAAGAUUCAUGAGAAAGAGGUGGGGAGAUUACAGCAGGAGAACACCGAGCUCAGGUUCGCCACAGAGUUCGCGAGGAUGGUUGAUGAUAUAGGGCCAUCUGUGGGACCCUCAUCAGGCUAGCCUUUCAUUUUU